UUCGUUCUAACCUCAAAAGUGCGCUGUGGCCAACCGAGCCUACCCAUCCACUCACUCAUCAUAGCCUACCUACAUGUUAUUUAGAUUUCUAAGAAGUUUAAUCUUUUUUAGUUUUCUAAUUAGUAUUUAAGGCAUUAUUAAGGUUAAAGCAGAGAUUUAAGUAUAAUAAUUUUAAUAACUGAAACGUAAAGAAGCAGAUACCGAUAAAAUAUAGACAGUAAGUAAAUUAGUUUUAUCGCAAAACAGAUAAAAAUAUCCGCGGAGCAAAAGUGUGUGAGCAUUUUUCUUUCGGAAGGAGAAAAUUUUUGCUGCUCCAUUAAGAAGUGAAGUGAUUUUUGGCGGAGAAGAAGAAGAAGUACAGCACGGGAUUCCGCGCGUGUGAAGAAGAAGAAGAAGAGUUUUCGGGAAGUGCGUCGUGGUUUGUUUGUGGCCAGCAAAAUUAGUGCAUUCACGGGAAGUAGGAUGCAUCCGUCGAAGAAGAUGAACGCGGCGGAAUUGGACGACCACGAGAAGGGCAAAUUGUUUGUCGGCGGUUUGUCGUGGGAAACGACGCAGGAAAACCUUCAGCGCUACUUUGGACGGUAUGGCGAGGUCAUUGACUGCGUGGUAAUGAAGAACAACGAGACGGGACGUUCCCGUGGAUUUGGAUUUGUAACGUUUGCGGAUCCGGACAAUGUUGACCGAGCGCUGGAAAACGGUCCCCAUACGUUGGACGGAAGGACAAUCGACCCGAAGCCAUGUAAUCCAAGGUCACUGCACAAGCCGAAACGUACCGGAGGUUACCCGAAGGUAUUCUUGGGUGGUCUUCCGCCGAAUAUAACCGAAACCGAUCUGAGAAGCUUCUUCAGCCGGUACGGAAACGUAAUGGAAGUGGUCAUUAUGUACGAUCAGGAGAAGAAGAAGAGCCGCGGAUUUGGAUUCCUUUCGUUUGAGAACGAACCAGCUGUGGAAAGGGCCACGGCGGAACAUUUUGUCAACAUCAGUGGCAAGCAGGUUGAAAUCAAGAAGGCGGAACCACGGGAUGGUAGCGGUAACAAUAACAGCAUGAAUGCCGAUUCCUACCAAUGGGGAUCACCGCAAGCACCGCCAAUGGGAAAUGGCCAAAUGGGUGGACCCCCAAUCAAUAUGCAGUCGAACAUGAUGCAGGGCUAUCAAGGAUGGGGUGCAUCUCAACCUCAGCAAGGCUACGGUGGUUACGGAGCAUCGGCAGGAGCGGCCAAUGCGUAUCAAGGCUGGGGUGCCCCUCCGGUACAACAGUGGGGCAAUUACAACGCUACUCCCCAGCAAACUCAAGGCUACGGUGGGUAUGAUAUGUAUAAUAGUUCCGGUGCCGGAAGCGCCGGUGGUUAUGGUUCAGGUAAUUGGAAUUCGUGGAAUAUGCCACCAAACACCGGAUCAACCGGAUCGGCCGAUAUGUACUCGAGGCCACAAUCCGGUCCAGCGGCUGGCCCGGCUGGUUCGGCUGGCCCAACAGCAGGUGGACCCUCGAAACCCGGUUCCGAAUACGGCGGUGGAUCGGCGUACGGUUCCGGAGCAGCUGGCGGCUACGGUGGCUACUAUCAGAACGAACAGAACACAGCGGCCGCCUACAACAGGCCACGAUCGGCGUACGGUGGGGGUAACGAUGCUUCAUCGCAACCACCCUAUCCAGCAUUUUGAGAAAUGAUGACCCCGACGACGACGAGUAGGAUGCAACCUCCGCCGCCGCCUCAACAACCUCCCCAACAGCCCCAACACCAUCAGCAGCAGCAACAGCCCUACCCUCAGCAGCAGCAGAUCUCCGGUGGGGCCAAUCCGGCAGCGGCAGUUGCACCCUCCUCUUUCGAUCGCAGCCUCAUUGGAACGAAGUCGUAAACGAUUGAACAGAACGCUCAGAAGAGUGAAUGGAUGAGGCAGAAGUGGAUUAUUUCUUAUUAUUUUUUAAACUUGAAAACAAAACUAAUUAUACAUAUAUUAUAUAAACACAAGAGGAAGAAGUUGAAAAAGCACUAUCUAAGAAGAAGGCAAAAAUUAUAAAUAUAUUAUUACUGAAGCAAAAAGAGAAUAAAUGAACGCAGAGAAGGGUUAUGAAACCACGAAAAAGCAAAACACACAAUUGGAAAGAAGGCAAAAAGAGAGUAAUAUAAACGAAGUAUAAGCAUAAAUACACACACUCACAGAAACUGAAGUAAACAAAAAAAACACGUCUAUAUCCUUAAUAUAAAUGAAGAAAAACAAAAAACUGAAACCUUUAUUGAUUAGUGUUAGGGAGUGAAGCAAAAGCAAAACAGAAAUUGUUCAUAAACAAAAACACACGCAGCACUCAAACUGAUUAUACAAACGUUGAUAUGAAUAAAACACAUGGAAGUGGAAACAAAACCUGCUAAAAGUUAAUCAAGAAAAUUCACACCUCUCAAACACACAUACACUUGCACACAUACAGACAGACAUUGAUUGGUUCGGUUCCCCCGCUCCCCGUUUACGAUUCCCCCCAACCCCUCAAACGGGACACAGCUCACUCUCUCGUUUUUUUUAAGAAUUCACCGAUAGCAGACUAGACUUAAAACUAACGUAUUGAUGAAAAAACGGAGAAAAAAAAUGGAAAAAUGUUACUUCAAUGAAAAAAUUUAUUUCUUUUUCUAAACCAUGUUUGGGGACACCACCCGGCCAUCAUGUUCCAUUCGUUUGUCGGUUUUCCUUUUCUUUUGACUAUCCGCGGAGUGGAAUAUGUUUGGUGUUUGGAGAAAACAAAAAAACAGCAAAAACCCAUCGUCUCAUAAGGUACCUAACAUUACGCACGUACGUUACUUCCUAUCUUUUAAUUGAAGUUGUUUUUAGUUCGUUUUUUCCAUCCCACUCUCUAUUAAGAUUUUUUUCUGUUUGUUUGCUUAGGAAACGGAACGAUAAGGAUGCAACUCUAGUAAAACGUUAGUAUACUUCGUAAAACUGAAACGAAUACUUAAUCAGGUACCCAUAAUAAUAGUUGAGAGAGGAAACUGAAAGAGGAGCAGCAGAAGAGUUUUUUUUUUAAGACCCCCGCCUAUUUGUUUUUUCGUCUAUUGAUUAAUAAGUAAUUGUGUAAAGAGAGUUGACCUAGGAUUCAAAGGAGACAAGGUGAUAAAUUUUUCGUUUAAUUUUCGUUUUCGCGAUAAGGCUAUGGAAACACAAAGUACUGCUCUCCCUUAAGGAGGUUUUAGAGGACACAAACAAGCAACGUAACAUACAUUUAGCUAAAAAAAAACAAAGUCGAACAAACGCUAGUAGUUGAUAAAUGAUGAGACUUGACUUUGGCAGGCCACCCCCCAUUUUUCUCAGUCUGCCAAACUUUUUCGCAACUAAUUCUUAAGUUUUUCGUCGUUCGUCGGUUAAGGACCCUAUUCUUUAUGUGCGAGAAAUUUGUUUUUGGUAAAUAUAUAGGACACACUUCCCUCUCUGCGAAGACGUCAAACACAAAUAUAAUGCUACACUUAGGAACAAGCAAACAAACAACUAUUAAGAAGUUAAAAAAGUAAUAAGUGAGAGAUAUUUUUAAAGCACAGCUCGACCUUAAUGGGUAAUUGACCAGGGGUCGGGUUGAUAUUGAUACUAGUGAUCAGUUUUUUUUUCGUUGGUAAGUGAUCGAAAGUUGCGCGUAUUUUUCGGAUAUAAAGUAACGUUACGAUACGGUUAGUCUAUGUACGGACCCCACAAAAUCCUUUAAUCAACAAAGGUCCUGUUAAGCUUAACUUUAGAGAACAAGAGAUUGACGAAAGCGAGAGAGAGAGGUUUACUCUAUGAUUUGUUGUUUUUUUUUUUUAAUUUAAAGGAUACCUUAAAAUCGAUAUAUUUGAGAUAGUAAAACCAGAAACUAGCAGAAGUAACGCAAACACUGAGACAAAACUGCGGUGCGGAACGAGAGAAAGAGUCUAGCGAUAAAUUAUUAUGGGUAAGUUUGAUAAGAUCACAUACAUACACAAACUAAAAGUAAAGUAAAAAGAAACCAACAGCAACCAUCAAUAAAAUUAGAGAUCAAAUAAUGAAAACGCGUUGUCUGUAAGUGAAAAGAAAUGCAAAUUUAUCUUAUAAAUCGUACACAUAGUUGAAAAUCACCUGAUUAAGAGAGAUAGUGAAAAGAUAAAACUAGCGGAUUAUUUCUUGCGUUUUUGUUUUCCCCCCACAAAAAGAAAACCAAGAACAGGUUAAGAAAGCUCUAGAAAAAGAAAUAAGUUGUACUUCUAAUUCUAAUCUAUAAAAUUUCCAUUUAAGAAGCAACCAAAAUGCGAAACAAGUAAUACAAAAACGCAUAUAGAAUUCAUUGAACAAAUCUAAACUAAAAAAAGUAACAUUAAAACCAAGAAUCAGUGAGAGAGAUUGACCCAAUCCCAAAACAAACAGCAGCCUCUCGACCCCAUUUGUGUGUUUGACAUUGAUUAAAAACUAAAAAAAAAAUGAACUUUAAAUAAUACACAAAGAAAAAGUGAAACAAUUAUUCUUCUUCGGGACUUGUACAAAGCAGAACGUUAAGUGGAACAAUAAUCGAACUAAAUCUAAAUACUGCAAAGCAAAUCUUUCCCCGAGCCCCCUCCCUCAACCAUCCUAUAUCGUCUAUGUCCUUCACCCCCACCCCCUUUCACCCACCCAGCCCCUUAUUUACCCUUUUUUUGUAUCUUUUCGCGCUUUCAGCGAGGAAAAGAGGUGUUUUUUUAUGAAAAAAAGAUAUUUUCCCCUUUAAACAUUUGUGAAGUAAUCGUAUAGUUUUUUGUUUGUUCUAGACAGUAGUCACACGUACAGAGAGAGAAAGAGAACGACAGAAAGGAAAAAAAACAAAGAAAACCUUCAAAUUAAGAGUAAACCAGAUUUAAUCUACACACACUAUUUUAUACAAAAAAAAGAAAGAAUAUACCGCAAGUCGUUUUUCCUUUUCCCUAUUUUAUCGUUUCGGAUGAGGGUGUGAAAAGUUUUUUUUCUAUAUUUUUGCGCUAUUAUUUUAUUCCUGUUUUAUACAACAAAAAACCACAAAUAAUAAUUAUAAAAAAGCAAAAAAAAAAAAAAUCAUAUACAUACAUAUAUAUUAAUCAUGGAAGUAUCACUUUUUCGUUUAUUAUUUUUUUAUUUGUCGUCUUCAAAUAAUCCAGCAAAUGGAAUGAUGAAAUAUUCUUUUUUUUGUUUGCUACCAUUGAAAACAAGGAGCAGCAGCAGCGAAGAUAAUCUAAUUAUUAUUUUUUUUUUCAUUCUUGAAGUGAGGAUUAUUCCUGUUCAAUUCGAAUUAAAAGAAGGUCUAAUAAAAAUGAUGAAAAAUGA